AUGACGACGCUGCAUCUCACUAACCAAUCAGCCGAGUCAAGAUCCGCAAAGGGUUGCAAAUCAAAACAACCACCAGCAAAUGAACCAACCCCUAUAGAGGAAAAAGAGUCGAAAGAACUGCUGCUACCGCAACUUCUAUUACUGCACUACCAUAAUCAAAAUCAAAAGCAACAUGAGUCAGAGGCCCAGGAAGAACAGAAGUUGUUUUUGAAGGAACUGCCUCAACAAAUUGCCGCCAAUUCAACACGACUAGAUAAGCUAUUUGACCCUGCUUCCGGUGGUGGUCUAGCAGAAUUACAACUAGUGGGGUCAAAAAAGUUUCAAGAGGAGGAAAACUAUUCACCAUUUCCUAAAGAAACGCACCCGGGAAGACUUGGGUUAGAACUCGCACUCAACGAACAGCCUCGACCUUUAACAAGCCAAUCCAUUCAAUGCCAUGUGCUGAAGAAAAAGACACCAUCGUUUCGAAAAACGAAGCCUAGUCCAACUAGCAUGCAAAAUUCUUCUUCCUCAUAUGCAGUAAACAGCCUGAUUUUUCCACAAUCCUUAUUAAACGAUGAAGAAAUGAAUUUCUUGCGCAACAAAAUUACACAAAUGAUUCAAGGAAAUCAAGUGGAUGGUAUGGCCGCGGCAGCGGCAGCGGCAGUAGCAGUGACGGGAGUAGGUCUAGAGGGAAGAGAAGUGCAUGAUGAACUUUACGAUGAUGAUGAAGAAGAUGAUGAUGAUGAUGAAAAGGAAGGAAAUGGUCAUGAUAACGGCUCUAGUUCAAAUGAACUUCCAUGUUGCUACAAUAAAGAAAAAGAGGAGAUCCUUGAAAUUGACUUUAGCCAAGAUGAUUAUGACGUGAGUGAAGUAGAUGGUCCCGAAGAUUAUGCUUAUAAGCUUCCGCCAUCUGCUCCAGUGCAUAAGGAUAUACUGUUGGACACUUCCAGUGCACUUCAAAGGCUAUCCUCUCAUGCUAAUGAUGGAUAUCGCGAUAAAUUCCCAAAACAUACUGAUUCAGAGUUGAAUUCAAAACUAAAACUAAAACUGAAACAGAAACAGAAACUGAAACUGAAAUUGCAGCUGAAACCAGACCAGACUUUCAAGAACUUUGCUUCCAACUCCAGAUAUGAGAAGAAACUUGUUUUUCAUGAAGACGAUAAUAAUGAAAAUAAUGUCUUCCAAGAUGAUGUUGAUGAUGAUGAUGAUGAUGAUGAUGAUGAGUAUGAUGGGCCUUCUUGCGAAUUCACGUUUGAAUACGAUUCAAACGGCCAAUUGAUACCAAUUGCAAAUAAUAUUGAAGAAAAGCUACGACAAAUGGAAAUCAGUGCAAAGCGUGCACGACGAUCUGCAUUGAAUGGACAGGAAAGGAACCUUGCAAGAAAUCAAAUAAAUUAUAAAAGUAAUCGCAACAUAAUUAAGACCGACUCGCGACAACGGCGUGAUGGACUCAAAAAUGCUAACAAUAUGCUAGCCCUCAACUCUAAUGAUAAAGUUGAAGAUAGAACACCAUUCAAUGCUUUAGCGGAUCUACAAAGCUUAAGAACAUUGUCCAUGGAAAACAACCUAAACUUGCAAAAAUAUAGGCUUCGUAAUGAACCAUUCACGAUUCCUCGUAAUUUUUUCGGAUUAAUACCCAGCGACACAUGUUGUCUUCUUUGUCAAUAUGAGGCUGUAUAUGGAUCCAAACCUGUUCAACUUUUGAAAAUGGCUAGCGCUGGUGGUAAAAGGAAAUAG